AUGUCACGAGCAUUAUCAUCGACUAGAGUGUUGGUUAAUGACACACUUUUACCAGCCACCAUCAUUUUUUCGGUAGAGUCAGGCACGAUUUUAGAGAUUGUUGAUAGGGUUUUACCGCCCAAUGAUCCGAUUUUGGCACGCUAUAAUGUUUUUCCUAUAGACUAUAGAAAUGUUACGCCAGCAGUGAUUAUGCCUGGGCUAGUUGAUGCACAUGUCCACUUGAACGAGCCCGGUAGAACUGAAUGGGAAGGGUUUGAAACUGGGACCAAAGCUGCUGCAUCGGGAGGUGUCACUACUGUGAUUGAUAUGCCGUUGAAUGCCAUUCCUCCUACCACUACUGUUGCCAACUUUAACUUGAAAAUUAAUGCCGCCAAGGGCCAGACGUGGGUUGAUGUGGGGUUUUGGGGCGGGUUGAUCCCUGAUAAUUUGUACGAUUUGAAACCGUUGAUUCGAAUGGGUGUGCGUGGGUUUAAAGCAUUUUUGAUCGAGUCUGGGGUCGAUGAGUUUCCUGCUAUUACGCCAGCCCAUAUUUUGGCGGCCAUGAAGGAGGUUAAAGACGAAAAGACGAUGUUGAUGUUCCAUGCUGAAAUGCAGCCGCGGGAAAAAGAGGAGUUUAGCGACUCGGCAGAUACGUUAACGGCCGAGAUUGACGACUUUGAUUUGGGAAUGUCGGCCAGCUUUAUUGAUAGGGCACCCACACCAGUAGUCAGGUUAUUGAGCAACGACCCAGGGGACCACCAUCACGAACAUGAGAAUUGUCGGUUACCACACAACCAUGCUGGGUCUAUCAACCCGUCGGUCUUGUCAGAUAAACAAGCCAAGGCGUUGGCACACACGCCGAUCUUGGCAGGGGCCGAGCCUACUUUUGGUAAGAAUGCCAGGAAAGUCAACACGCACCAUCUGCGCUCAUAUAGCUACACCGAAGAAGACACCAAAGUCAACACCCCGUUAUUGUUGGCGCAACAGGAGAACGCCGAGUUGGCCAAUAUCGACCCCACUGCGUAUGCAACGUUUUUGGCAUCGAGACCCGAUAAUUUUGAAACCACUGCUAUUGCUGAGAUUAUAAACUGCUCGACACUAUUGCCAACGGUGCCACUCCAUAUUGUGCACUUGGCGACCCACGAAGCUGUGCCAUUGUUGCGUGCUGCCAAAGCCAAGGGGUUGCCGGUAACUGCUGAAACUUGUUUCCAUUACUUGUCGUUGUGUGCUGAAAGAAUUGGGAGCUGUUCGACGCAUUUCAAGUGUUGUCCACCGAUUAGAACUGACGAUAAUCGUAAAUUGUUGUGGAAAGCACUUCGAAACGAUGUGAUAACCACUGUUGUUUCUGACCAUUCUCCGUGUACGCCAGAUUUGAAAGGUAUGGAAAAGGGCGAUUUCUUUGAAGCCUGGGGUGGGAUUUCGUCUGUUGGGUUUGGAUUGCCGAUAUUGUACACUGAAGGCCUUAAAUUGGACCCGCCCAUCAGCUUGGCGGAAAUUAACAAAUGGUGUUCAUGGAAUACUGCUAAGCAAGUAGGGUUGAGUCAUUGUAAGGGCACCAUUAGGGUGGGGUACGAUGCUGAUUUGUUGAUUUUCGAUACUGACGCCAAGUAUGUAGUGGAAAACAAGGAGACGUAUUUCAAAAACAAGUUGACGGCGUAUGAUGGGAUGGAGUUUAGGGGGCGGGUAUUGGAGACGUUGGUUAGAGGUAAUACGGUAUUUGCUAUGGGAAGAGGGUUUUCGGGACCCAAAGGUAAAUUAAUUUUAGAGCCGAGAUUUGAGUAG